AUGCCGGUCGUCAAAGGAGGUGUUUGGACUAAUAUUGAGGAUGAAGUGCUUCGUGCAGCUGUCUCCAAAUAUGGUCUCAAUCAAUGGGCUCGAGUCUCCUCUCUCCUCGCUCGGAAGACGCCGAAGCAAUGCAAAGCGCGCUGGAUAGAGUGGUUAGACCCUGGCAUUCGCAAGGUCGAGUGGUCGCGAGAGGAAGAUGAGAAGCUUUUGCAUCUUGCCAAGCUGAUGCCAACACAAUGGCGUACCAUCGCUCCGAUCGUCGGUCGCACCGCAACACAAUGUCUUGAACGAUACCAAAAACUUUUGGACGAGGCCGAAGCUCGUGAGAAUGAUGAGCUUGGAUUGGGGGGUCCUGAGGGUGGAGAAACAGCUGCUCCUAGUGCGGAUGAUGUUCGCCGUUUACGCCCUGGUGAGCUAGAUCCCGACCCGGAAUCGAAGCCUGCGCGCCCCGACACGAUCGAUCUGGAUGAAGAUGAGAAAGAAAUGCUUAGCGAGGCGCGUGCACGUCUUGCCAACACACAGGGUAAAAAGGCGAAGCGAAAGGCCCGAGAACGUCAAUUAGAAGAGUCCCGUCGACUUGCAGUGCUGCAAAAGCGUCGUGAACUUAAGAAUGCCGGUAUCAAUGUUAAGGUCGUGACUCGGAAGCCGGGCCAGAUGGACUACAACGCAGACAUUCCAUUUGAGAAGCCAGCCGCUCCAGGAUUCUACGAUACUGCAGAGGAGGAGAUGCGGAACGAGCGCCAGCGUGAAUUGUUCGACCCCCGAAAGCAGCAGCUGGCCAACAAGCGGAAGGGUGAUCAGGAUGACGAUGCCGAGCGCAAGAAGCGCAAGAACGACAAGAAUCCCAACGCUGCUGCAUUUGCCGCGGCUGCCCGUGCGGGUCAGAUGCAAAAGAUUCGAGAGGCAGAGCAAAGCAGCAUGCGACGGGGUCUGGUGCUGCCUGUUCCCCAAAUCAGCGAAGGUGAGAUGGAAGACAUUAUCAAGAUGGGCAUGGCCGGAGAAAAGGCCAGCCGAAUGAGCUCAGAUGAGGAAGGCACUCGGGGACUCAUUGGAAAGUAUGGAUCCAUUGUUGGAGGCACUCCCAUUCGUACGCCACGUGCUGCUCCUGAAGAUGACCGUAUCGCGAACGAGAUUAAGAAUAUUCGGGCUUUGACUGAAACACAAUCUUCUCUGCUUGGCGGAGAGAACACCCCCCUCCAUGAGGGCGGUUCAUCCACUGGCUUCGAGGGCAUCGCCCCCCGGAGACAAGAUAUCGUCACACCUAACCCCAUGGCGACACCUUUUCGACAGGCCAACGGUAUGGGCGCAACUCCUAUGCACGGCGGGAUCGGACCUGGUGCCACCCCACUGCGUACACCGCGCGAUCAUUUUGCUUUGAAUCAAGAUGGUGCAGCUGGACAGCUCAUAGGCAGCACACCACGAGACAUCAAGCUGCAUGAAAACUUCACACGCCAGCAGAUCCGCAGCAAGCUAUCCUCGCUCCCCAAGCCUAAGGAGUCGGAAUGGGAACUUGAAGAGCUCCCAUCUGAAACAGCCGAGCCCUCGGAGGUCGCGAUCAGCCAGGAAGAUGCGGCUGAGCGGGAUCGCAGAGAGCAGGAAGCACGGGAAUUGGCUGCCCAGGCAGAGUUCAAGCGUCAGUCACAAGUAUAUCAGCGUGGUCUCCCUCGACCAAUCGUCCUUGACAUUGAUGCUCUCAUGGCGCGUGCUUCCCAGGUUAACAACUCAAUCGAGGGCCUGAUUGCUCGGGAGGCCGCCGUACUAAUCGCAUACGACUCCCGGAAACACCCGGUCCCCGGUGCCAAGGUUGAGGGAAAAGCACCCAAACUGGGACGCCCGGACGAUGUCUAUAUGGAUUCAGCGCGCGCGGCUAUUGCAGCGGAGAUUGAGCAGCAGCAAGACGAGUGGCACGAAAAGUUUGACGGAGUAUGGUCGUCAACUCGCGCCAACGCUCUUCCAGGCCUAGAUGGCUAUGCCGACGAUGAAGAGCAAGAUCCAUUCCUGGAAGAACAACGAAUGAUCACCGCCUUCGAUAACGUUCAAACAACCCUGCUCGCCACCGCCGAGCAGGGUAACAAACUUGAAGGGAAGCUUGCCAAGGUCCACGGUGGAUACCAGAAACGAGCCAAGACACUCCGCUCUAAGAUCCUUGAGGCUAGUAUAGCUUUACCCAAGGCACAAGAUGACUUGGACGCUUUCCGCACACUUCAGAUCUCCGAAGAAGCUGCUGUUUCUCGGCGCCUGGAGAAGCUCCGCGAAGAUGUAUCCUUUGUCAUGCGCCGGGAGCGUGAGGCUCAGGAGCUGUACAGGACUCGAAAGGAGGAGUUAGAUGAACUGGUUGCUGGUACCGCCACUGUGAAUGGGUGGCAUUAA